CGUAAGUGGGGCUUCCUAAAUUGUGAAAGAAAGUGAUUACCUACUGUAACCUAUAACAGUGCCCCCUCUCUGUUAGAUUAAGUCACUUAUGUGAGUGUGGAUGCAUAGCAAAACAAAGGUCAGUGAGAUAAAAGACGAGCACAAAACACAUUAAAUACCACAAUAUUAAAAACCAUGUUGUCAUGCAGUUGAGUAAAAUAAUAUUAAUAACAUAUAGUUCACCGUUCAGUAUUAUCUAGUUGGCAAGUGCAGUUUUCUGCUGGCUUUACAAAUAUAUGAGGGACUUGCUCUAGAGACCAUAUCGGUGAAGUGAGAGCUAAGGACAAAAGUAGUGUUAAUAGUAAUGGCUACAUUUAGCUGCUAUCUUAGCAACACCUUCAGAUAAUGAAGUCAUCAUUGCUAUUUUAAGUGACAGCAAUGCUUCUUUUUUUUAGCAACCUCAAGGUCCUCUGCUUUGAUUAUCAGUCAGUGAGUCAGUUUCCUGUUGAAUCUUUAACAUCCUUUUUUUGUGAGAAUGUGAAAUAGCGUGUAGAGUAGGGACUAGCAGCUUCAAAGCUGUUUGACAGUCAGGUGGUUGGCUUCAUCUUUCCUCUCUUGGUGGUAUGAACCGGACUGUCCCACACAAUCAGUCGGGAAAGUCUGCGAGAUCCCACCCCUGGAUGGAGAAGUUAAAGAAACGCUUCUCUCUGAACAACCAGAAAAGAUCCACGUGGUUCCGAUCCACCGGCGUCCACUCCCUCCAGAAGUCCUGCGCAGAUUUCCCUGUGUUUCUGGUUCUGCUGCAGGGCCACAGAGAGGCCGAGCGGCUGCUGGGCCACGCCCGUCUGUCCCUGGUUGUAGGCCGCAGCAGCAGCCUGUUUGUGGAGUCAGUGGUAGUGUCCAAGGCAGAGCGAGGGAGGGGCUACGGCCGCACUCUGAUGGAGGAGACUGAGCGCUACGCCAAGAGCAGAGGGUUCAAAAGCCUGUACCUGACGACCCACGAUAAGCAGCACUUCUACGCCCACCUGGGAUACGUACUGUCCACGCCUGUGCAGAACGCAGGCGCUAUGACUUCGUUUGUUCCCAUGGAGACGCUCUUAAGGUUCUCCAGAAUGCCGAGUCGAGAGACAAACACACAAGAGCAAACACGGACAAAGAUGGAGGCUCAUGUACCUUGUGUUGUGGGGUCAACUCCACCUCCUCCUUCCAUACCUCCUCCUUCCAUACCUCCUCCACCUUGUCCUCCACCACCUUCAUCCAUACCCCCCCCACCUCCUCCCCUUCAGUCUGCAGGGCAGCUUGUAGUUCAGACUCUGACUGAAACUCCCCACAGAGACGCCAAAGGAGUUCCCAUCUACUGGAUGAAAGACAUUUGACCAACACACACUCAGAUACUGUUAGACACACACUCAGAUACUGUUGGACACACACUCAGAUACUGCUGGACACUGUUGGAGCGUGGACCUGCUCCGCAUGUUCUUUUGAAUGACGAGGAAACCUUCUUCUUAAAUUUAACACAAUCAGCUUUAAUAAAGUAAAACAAUAAGACACAGGUUACAGAGCGCUCUGGGCCACACUGUCCCUACACACAGCAGAGAGUGUCAGGGCACGAAGUCUGACAGACUAUAUUUCCCUCAGCCCAGUUUUUAUACUUGCAAAAAUAGACAGUUAGGGCAGUGUUGAUCUUUUGGGCAUUGUUCCAGCUCCUCCUUCCCUCUCCCGCUUGCAAAGAUUGUUGCUGCCUCUCCCCCGGUGUCAUCUCAUGCAGCCGGUCUGCACACCAAACGCUACAGCAUCUGUGGACAGAGCAUAACGACCUUGCAACACACCUCCUCCCCUUUUACCAGUUCCUGUCCUCUAUUCUGUGUUCUCUGUCUCCCUGUCCUCGACUGCCUCCAGCUCCCACCUUUGCUGCUCUCCUUUGCCUUGCAUGUGAGUAGCCCCCACCUUUGCUAUUCUCUUGCUUUGUAGGUGAGUCUUCUGUCUGACCUGAUUUCACCCUGCUGCUCCCCUAAGCUUUGCCUGCACCAUCUGUUAUGAUUCAUACAUUGUUAUACAAGUAAAUAAAUCAACAUUAAAGUAAAGUAACACAGUUUUGAGUAACACAAUUAAUAAGUAUUAAUCUGAAUAUAAGUAAAUCAUAUUUCUAACCAAAACAUUUAGCAUGAACAACUGAAUUUAACUACAAUAACACACACUCAGAUACUGCUGGAAACACCCACAUUCAUUCACACGUGUUUGUUUGUUCUCUGUGCACACAUCAAUAGAAAUAUACAAAUUCAAAAAGCUCAAUCACCAUUAAUGGUCUCUCAGACACAAAACUAGUGUUGGUAGAAAAACAGGCCAAACCAAAGAAAUGAAGAGGCUGCUUUUUUGGAUUUAACUGGUUUAUAAAAAAUGCGCAUCUAAAGGGGGCACAUUAUGAAUUGGAGUGCCCCUAACCCAGAAACUUUAAAACAAACUUUUUUAUGGGCUGUCUAAAAAAAAAGAAAAAAGAAUCAUUAAACCAUUCAUUUAUUAUUCCCCUCGCGGGAUCCGCGGGAUCUUUAUAAUAUACAGGUUUUAUGGCAUUAAAACUAAUUUGUUGGCAUUUUAUCAUUGUCCAAAAGGUAUCCUUACAGAAGUGUGAUGUGAAAACUUGAGUUCAGAUAAACUCAGAAAGGAUUUAACUUUCUGUGAAGUUUGAGAAAUAAUAAUAAUAAUACAUAGAUUUUAUAAGCGCUUUUUCAGGUGCUCAAAGUCGCUUUACAGAGGUACAUAAAAAAGAGAGACAACAAUAAAUAAAGUAAAAGUCACAUUGAAAUCGAGCAAAGUAUCAGAAAUCACACAUUAAAAGGUGAAAAACAUUAAUGUAAUAUUGAUGUGGAUACAUUCUGGAUGCUUUAUUAUCUAUUGAAUCAAACUGUUUCCUCUGGAGGGAAUCUUUUGGAAGGUAUGGCAUUCAUAAAUAUGGCAUUUGUUUAGAUUAACAAACCAACAACUCAACAUUCUUGAUGUUUUUAUGUGGAAGUGUAAACUUGAUCAUGAGGAUUAAUGUGCCUUGUUGAACUGCCAUAGAAGUAAAGCUUUAUUAGAAUCACAUUUCAUGUGGAUGAGUCCUAAUCAUCUAAUAACUCUUUCCAUUGUGAACAUCUCCGGUAAUAAACAUCAUUUAUAAACGUA